UGCCUACAGAUGCCCGGCGCCAGAGCAAAGGCUGGCCCUUGGCAGGGGACUGCUCAGAACGUGGAACUCUGGAGACACUCCUGAAACUCUGCCCUAAGUCAAAAGAACCAGAGCAUCCACCAGUUCUCCCUCCACCUCCCUUUCCAGGAGCAGCCAUGGCCCUGAGUGAUGUCAAUGUGCAGAAGCAGAUUAAGCAGAUGAUGGCUUUCAUUGAGCGGGAAGCCAAUGAGAAGGCAGAAGAAAUAGAUGCCAAGGCUGAGGAAGAGUUCAACAUUGAGAAAGGACGCCUUGUGCAAACCCAACGACUGAAGAUUAUGGAGUAUUAUGAGAAGAAAGAGAAGCAGAUAGAGCAGCAGAAGAAAAUCCAGAUGUCUACCAUGAGGAAUCAGGCAAGGCUGAAAGUCCUGAGAGCCCGAAACGACCUCAUCUCAGAGUUGCUGAAUGAUGCAAAGCUGAGACUCAGCAGGAUUGUGGCAGACCCAGUAUUUUACCAGGGGCUGCUGGAUAAACUAGUGCUCCAGGGUCUGCUCCGACUGCUGGAGCCUGUGGUGAUUGUACGCUGCAGGCCACAGGACCUCCUCCUGGUGGAGGCUGCAGUGCAAAAAGCCAUCCCUCAAUACACGGCAGUCUCCCACAAACGUGUGGAAGUCCAAGUUGACAGAGGGGUGCAACUGGCUACAGAUGCAGCUGGAGGUGUGGAGCUCUACAGUGGUGAUCAGAGAAUAAUGGUUUCCAAUACUCUGGAAAGUCGACUGGAUCUCUUAUCCCGGCAAAAGAUGCCAGAAAUACGAAAGGGCUUGUUUGGAGCCAGUGCCAACAGGACGUUCUUUAUAUAAGCCUCUAGGAAGUGAAGCUCAUGUUGAAUUUCUAAGCUAUAAAAGCAUGAGUUAUUAGGACAAAGGAAACCAGUAAUAUCUCCUCCUCUUUUUUGCUCUGGUAUUAGUCUGUCUUCAUGAAAUACCCUUUGACUAGCUAAAGGCAUUAUACUUUGGAAUAAAGCCUGACUUAGUGCUUA